AUGUCGAAUCCUUUACCACAAGAAUUGCUUGACUCCAUCGUCGACUUUGUCCCAUCCCAUGAAUACCAAACUUUGGCGUCGUGCUCUUUGGCAUUUCGUGGUCUAGCUACCCCCGCUCGUCCGCGUCAAUUCCAUACUAUCACUUUGAUGCAUGGACCACCAGGGCGUUCCAAGGCACGACGUUCACAAAUAACCCCCUCCCAAAAGUUCUCGGCUCUACUUGAACGCUCCCCAGACAUCGCGAAGCUCAUUAAGACCCUCAAUAUCAUUGAUGGUGAGGAUGAACGCUACUGGACUACGAAUCGGAAUGCGGGUCGAGCCCUGGCCAUGGUCAUACCCCUUCUUACCGCGCUCGAAAACCUAUCUUUCCGGGUGGAAGGUCGUACCCUCACGCGAUGGAGCGCGCUGGCCGCUGGUGUCAAGGCCGCCCUUAAAGAUAUCGCGCCACAGCUGCAGGGUAUCCAUUUCUGCGGACUCAUCUUCGACUCUGCCCCGGCGGUGAAAGAGAUUUUCACCAUCCUACAAGCAUCCAUGCCGAGUAGGUUGAAGGAGCUGUCUCUAUCAUUCGAAGCGGACGGUCCUCCCCUCGGAGAAAUUAGAACAGAAACUGGCGAAAACUGGCGACUCCAGCUGCAGUCUCUCGUCUUCUCAGAUCACGAAAUAGGCGGACAAAUGACUAAUUUUGUCACAAAAGUCGUCGACCUUUCUUGCCUCCGCUCCCUGUCUUUCAGCGGCCUUGCAGAGGAAGAGCUUGACGUGUUCUUCCGCGCACUCCCCCCAGCCAAUGUCAUCGAAGAGUUCACUGUUUGGUUUAUAUCUGACUAUCUUCCCCCGCAAGGACCGCCCAAUUUCGCGACCCAUUUCCCGCGACUACGUCGCUUAUAUCUCUCAGCUUUCUUUCCUCUUGCAGUCUUUCGUGGUGUCUUGGAAAACUGUCUGUCAAUCCCAACCCUCUCCCUCGAUUCUAUCACCUGCGAGUCACCCCAUUUCCAGUUCCUCUUCGAUGGGACACAGGCCGAUGAACAAGCCGAAUGGCAGCGUUUCGUAGAAGUCCUAAAACGCUUUCCGAAAUCGGUGCAAGGAAUGCAAUUUGGAAUCAGCAGUUGGUUGACGAACACUAAGCCUGCCGUUGAGUGCUCUCGACGUGUCGCCUCUAUCGUCGACCAUCUUGAUGCCAGCCAUUUGCUUCGAGUCGAAACGGUCUUGCCGCAUGCCCUCAUCCAUUCGUUUUAUACCCCGAAAGCUGAACAGUAG